CGGGAGCGAUAUUGAGAUGGGCUUGUCCGGGCGGCGGCACCUGCCUCGGAGCUGGCGAAGCCGGGACGCGGGUCUUAAUUGUGUGGGCGUACGCCUUCUAUCUCGCCGCCCCGGUGUUCUCCACGAACGCAACGAUAGCCGCAUCCUUGGGGAAGCGCCCGACAAACUCACGGCGCCGCGCCGCCGGACGGGGGCGCCAUGGAGGCGGCAGGAUCCUUUCCGAAGCGGAACCAAAGCGCGAGGCCGCGGGGGCUGCUGCUGGGUUGCACCACCCCACGCUGUUCGGGCCCCAGCGCUGGGGGGGGGGGCCGCCAUGCCGCUGCCGCUGCUGCUGCGCGCCGCCGCCUGCCGCCGCGCCGCUGCCUCCGCCUGGCUGCGGGGCGCCGCCCACCACGGGGGCACGGCCGUCUGCCGCCGCCGGGCAUCGCUGCCCGCCGCCGCGGGGCCACAGCAGGUUACAUCUUUUCAAGGAGUGGCUGUUCGCAGUCUCUGCACAUCCUCCCCUCAUGAUCACCCAGAACAUGGAAGAUUAGUUUAUAAAGGAAAUUUGGCAAAGGCAGUGUUAGGUGUGAGGUUUUUCUCUUACUCCACCAGCAUAUUCAACCUGUUCAUGAUGCCUUACAUCGUGCUCAAAACUGGUAUUGGAUUUGAAAGCCUGUUCAUACAAGCUGCCUUUUAUGGGUUGAUAGGGUUUUUUACAUUCGUAACACCGGUUACUUUGCAUAUCCUUACAAAAGGCUAUGUGAUUCGACUCUAUUACAAAGAUGAAAUGGACACAUAUACAGCCAUUACAUACAAUGCCAUCUUGGCAGAAAAAGCGACUGUUUUCCAUCAGAAAGAUGUAAAGAUUCCAGACAUCACCAAGAUGUUUACAACAUUUUAUGCUAAAACAAAAUCAAUGCUUGUUAAUCCUACGCUUUUCCCCAAUCCUCAGGAUUAUCACCAUCUCAUGGGCUAUGACAAAUCCUUUUAUUUUAACUUAGAGGAGGGAAAGGAAGUUGGUGAAAAGAAAUAAUUGGAAGAUAAUGAAUGUUACCAUCAUUGUUCCUGGUACAGUGCUGUGUAUGUGAAAGAAUGUAAAGUUCUAUUACACUUCCUUAGGUAGAGUUCCCCAAAGGCAUUUUGGAAUGUAUAAAACCUCCAUUUUUUUAAACUUAUAAACAAUGUGAUGUUUUCUUCAGAGUUAAUGACACAAAACACAGUAAAAAAAAGUUCUUUACUCUGUCUUGGGCUUGUUUAUUCUUGGCUUGUUUUUUAUUCUUGUCUAUCCAGGAGAACUGCAAAAUGCACGGGCUGUGUGGCAGUCUCACCAUCUCCAUUUUGAUGGGGCCAUUUAUACCCAAAAAGAUCAAUACUCGUUACCUGUCAAGUGUAUAUAUACUUUUAAGCCCUAAAGAUUAGUUGUACUUAAUCCAAAAAGAUUGAGCUUUUUUUGUCACUGCUGCUAGUGUUAUAAAGAGAGCAGAGAUGGUCUUCACUUGUUUUGUGAGAGCAUCAGUAACCAGUAGGAGUCUUUAGUGAGCAGAAAGGGAUUGUUGCUAGUUCCUGCUACAGCCUCCUAGAAGCCUGCAGGCCUUGAAGAAGGUAGAGAGAGUGACUGUGUUGCUAUAAUUUCUACCUACUCACAGCAACCAAAUGGUUUCUGAAGCAAGAGUCCCACUCUGAGCAAUCCUGUUCCCAGAGGUGGAGAACAAGAAGCAUCUCUCGUGUUGGCCAGUGGGAAGCACCUUAGCUUAAGAUGUGUUGUGUGACUAUCCCAUUGAAAAUGUGCUGUAUUUGACCCAAGUUAAAGAAGAUGUUAGCAGCUAGUGGUUAAAAUGGAUUCAUGACAGCAUUUUUGUGAGGUGGGGAAGCAAAAGGGAAUUUCCUGUAGAGUAUUGUUUAGGUCUUGUGACUUUAAAAAAACGUAGCUCUUGAUUUUCAGCACUGCAAAGAGCCACCUUUAGCUUAAGUAAAAAGAGGAUUAGAUCUUUUUAUGUGACUGGACUGGUUAGUUCUGCACUCCAAGUGUGCAGAAAUUGGAUUUAAAUGUUUUUAGCCCAAGGAGAGGUUUGUCACAUAAGCUGACAUAUACUUUUUUUUUUCAAAUCACAAAUGGCCUAAAAUAUUUUGAGGCUUAAAAACUGCUGAAUUAUAAAAAGAAAACAAAAUUCAAAUUAAUCCUUUUUAUCAGUAGUGCCCUUUGUAAUAAGUAAAUCUGAUGCUUAGUACUAAUUAAGUCAUCCUGAUACUGCAAAUAAAGAAAAAAUAAUUAUAUCUGCCUUUACAGGUGUUUCCAAAGUUCUAGCUGAAAAAAUGCAUUUAAAACUCUUAAGUGUCUUCCAAGACUUAUUUCAGUUUCCUGUCGUAGGAUGACGCUAUACUUCAUGUUAUAUCAUCAAAUCUUUCUAAAUGUUGUAUUUAUGACAGCUGAAACUGCUUUUGAUAUGUUUGCUAUGUAACUAAAAGGCAAAUCAUCCCAUCCAGAUAUUUUUAAGGCAGCAUUUUUGUGUUGGCACAGCUAUAAUUUUAAAAGCCUGAUCUAGUCCCAGUAAGUCAGUAUCGCAUCAUAGGUAACAAAUAACAGUAUAAAAUGCAUAAAUGAUAUUGAAGA